AUGGCGCCGACGGAAAUUAGCAACCCGCGCCGCAUUCUGGCGGUGGCACUGGCGGAGUCUCAGGAGCAUCUCGCGCGAGUCAUCAAAGACCUCACCGGCGAAUAUCCCGCGGCAUCGGCCGGCACAGGCGCCUUGGCGGGCACGACACAGGAGCUGGCGAUACAGACGGCGUACUACAACGCGCAGGUGCCCAUCUGGCUGGACCUCAUUGGGCAGACACCGGCGGAGGCAGAGGCAGAGGCAGAGGCAGAGAGCGCAAAGGACGAGCCAAAGGAGGAAGAAGGAAAACCUGACGAGACGAACGACGCGCCGAAGGAGCCAGAGGACGGCCCGACGAAGACAGACGAAGAUUCUCCCUCCAGGGACAACGCCAAAACCGCCUCGAAAGACGACACCACCGAAGACCCGUCGACACCGGAACAAUGGGCUGAUGCGUUCCUGGCCGACGAGGCGCGCGAAGUGCGGGAGGCCCUGGGCGGCGUGGUGGUGGUGGUCGACGUGCAGCAGACGUCGGCCUUUGCACGGCAGCGCGACCUCGUCAAGCACGUCGCAAGGCUCGUGCAACGUCUUGGGCCCGUCGUGGACGUGGGCUUGCAAGAGGAAGACGAAGAUCAAGAAGAGAUGUUGGCGGACUUUGAAGGUGUCGGCAUCGUGGUGGGCGUGUCACAGACGCCCAUCGACGAGGAGACAAUGGAGGUGUGGGACGACGCAUGUCUGGUAGCCGGGUUGGAGUUUGUUGCCGUGGCCCCGGGCCAAGAGGCGACCAACGAGUUUGGUGAAAAAACCGGCAUCCCGAGACUACUCGAGGCGCUCGAGGCCAACGACUGGGAACUGGUCGGCGAUGGCGAGGGCGACGAGAACGACCUGUUUGGUUCGUUUCAGGACGUCCGACUGCCCGGUACAGAGUCGGACGACGAGAUCAACUUUGACGACCCGGAGAGCGUCGAUUUCGGCUUCGACCGCGACGACUUUGCAGGGCUGCGGCAGGCCAUCUGGCAACAACAAACGGCGGAGCUGGACGACGACGACGAAGAAGACAAGGACCAGGCGGCCAUUAUGGAGAGCAUGAUACAGCGGUUGCAGGCAGCACGACUGCAGUCGGAACUGCUCACGCCGGCGCAGCGGCGCGCCAUGGCGGCGCGUGUUGUGGGCGACGUCAUGAGAGAGAUAUGA